ACCUCUGACCUCUGACCGUUGGUGCCUGUCUAUUUAGGUUUGUAAACCCGUAUCUAGACUGCUAGCUAAUUCCAGCACGGAGGAUGAUACUUUCUGUGGAUAUAUGAUGACGAUACCAAAGAUGGAGGAAGAUGAAGGUGAAGAGGAGGUAGACCAGGAUGAAGAGAGCCUGAAUGAGCUGCUGUGAUACUGAACAGUGCUGUGAAUGGCUCCACAUCGCCCCCUGGAGAGGGUUUGACCUACUGCAUGAAAAUAGUUUUUAGGUAAAGCAGUUCCUCACCUCCGACUCUGUGAUCUCAGACCAAAAAGAAUCCAGUGACAGAGGCUAUCAAGCACCAGUUUAAAUGCAGCCUCAGUGCCUCAGUUCUGUAACUCUCCCACGAUGAUAGUGAUGGUCGGGUUGCCAGCCAGAGGGAAGACAUACAUCUCCAAGAAGCUCACACGCUACCUGAACUGGAUCGGGGUGCCUACAAAAAUGUUCAACGUGGGCCAGUACCGCCGGGAGGCCGUGAAGAUCUACAAGAACUUUGAGUUCUUUAACCCUGAUAACGUGGAGGCCAUGAGGAUUCGCAAGGCCUGUGCAGCCGCUGCCCUCAAAGACGUCGCUGCUUACUUCACAAAGGAAAAAGGACAAGUAGCUGUAUUUGAUGCCACCAACACCACCAGAGAGAGGAGGGCGAUCAUCAUCAGCUUAGCGAAGGAGAAAGGCUACAAAGUGUUCUUUGUCGAAUCGAUCUGUGAUGACCCAGACAUCAUUGCAGAGAACAUUAAGCAAGUCAAAUUUGGGAGUCCAGAUUAUGUAGAUCGUGACGGAGAAGAGGCGAAUGCAGACUUCCUCAAACGCAUUGAUUGUUACAGAGCAAGCUACAUGCCCAUAGACGAUGAGAAGGACAGGAAGCUCUCUUACAUCAAGAUCUUCGACGUGGGCAGUAGAUACCUGGUGAACCGGGUACAGGACCACAUUCAAAGCAGGAUCGUCUACUACCUCAUGAACAUCCACGUCACACCCAGAUCCAUCUACCUGAGCCGCCACGGAGAGAGUGAGCUCAACCUGUUGGGACGAAUCGGAGGAGACUCAGGCCUCUCACCCAGAGGACAGAAGUAUGCAAACGCCUUGUCCACGUUCAUCCGAAGCCAGAGGAUCAGUGACCUGAAGGUGUGGACGAGUCACAUGAAGAGGACCAUCCAGACUGCAGAGACUGUGGGAGUCCAGUAUGAGCAGUGGAAGGCCCUCAACGAGAUUGAUGCUGGCGUAUGUGAGGAACUGACCUACGAGGAGAUCCAGGAGAAUUUUCCUGAAGAGUUUGCACUGAGAGACCAGGACAAGUAUCGAUACCGUUACCCCAAGGGUGAGUCCUACGAGGACCUGGUCCACCGUCUGGAGCCGGUGAUCAUGGAGCUGGAGCGGCAGGAAAACGUUCUGGUUAUCUGUCAUCAAGCUGUGAUGCGCUGCCUGCUGGCCUACUUUCUAGACAAACCUGCAGAUGAACUACCUUAUCUCCGAUGCCCUCUUCACACAGUGCUCAAACUCACACCGAUAGCCUACGGAUGUAAAGUUGAGUCAUUUUUCCUCAAUAUUGAAGCUGUAAACACGCACAGAGAGAGGCCAGUGAACGUCGACGUCAACAGACAAACGGAGGACGCUCUGCAGACGGUUCCUGACCACAUAUAACCGCUGCUUUGUGAGAGAAGGACUGUGAUUAUGUGAAACUCCUUGUGUUGCUUCUGGUUAGUUUAUCUUAUGAUUAGAGAUGCACUCCAGUUUAAGGUUUAAAGGGUAAAUACAGAAGACAGGAUGACCCAGCCUUUACAUUACAGAAGGUCAUGGCCUGGAAAGUGUGACUGUGAAAGUACACAACAUGAUGUUCUGUGUUUAACAUGCCUGUCACGUGUCCCUGUGUCUAAUCUGAGUAGUUUUUUUAACACUAUGAAAGUGGUUGUUUACAAAAACAAAUAAAUGCACUUUGUAUUCACAUGACGAGGCACAUUUUUAAACACAUGUAGGGGUUUAUGAUUUAUGCACAUAUUUGUACAGCUAACAAAAUGUGUUGUUACUAAUCUAAUUAAUAGAGGUGAGAAUCAGCACCAUGGACAGCACCCAAACAAACAAAACAUGUGUGCAUCCGGGAACUUCACUGUAAGUUUGUAAAGUAGAGAAGCCACCAAAUCCAGUGUUUGACUGAAAUGUAAAUAAGUUAUCCCUCCAGCAUGUCAUUUUGCAGAAAUAAAUUCCUUGUCUGAGACAUA